AUGCCAUCGAUCCACGACCGAAUCCGCGAAGAUCUGCUUAACAAGGAGCGUGCGCUCUGGACCGCGCUCACCUCGGCUGAUCCAGCACCCGCUGUGCAGAAGCUCUCCAACGCAGAUGUCAACCUGAUGUUCCCCAAGAUGGGCAUUAUCACGCUGGAGGACGAAGAGCAGUUCAAAGAGGCCCUGAAGCCGCCUUUCCACCGUUUCGAAGGCUAUCAACUCGACGAAGUACGAACAAUCAUCAUCGACCUGAUGGCGGGGAUUGUGACAUACCGGGUUCAUGCCGUUCGGGGGCAGAAGGAGUACCGUGCGACGGCCUCCACGACAUGGAGUCAAGCAUCCGACGGCGAAUGGCGCAUUUUGUGUCACCAGGAGACCCUGGUAUAG